AUUUGUGUGCCUCUCUUCAGCAGAAGACACCACUUUGGUGGAGCUGGUGGGACACAUCCGAAAUGGUUUCCCCGCUGCUCGCCUUGUUCUCCGCCUUCCUCUGCCAUGUUGCUAUUGCAGGACGGACCUGUCCGAAGCCAGAUGACCUACCAUUUGCUACAGUUGUCCCCUUAAAGGCAUCCUACGAUCCUGGGGAGCAGAUCAUCUACUCCUGCAAGCCAGGCUAUGUGUCCAGGGGGGGUAUGAGACGGUUCACCUGUCCUCUCACAGGAAUGUGGCCCAUCAACACCCUGAGAUGCACCCCCAGAGUGUGUCCUUUCGCUGGAAUCUUAGAAAAUGGAAUUGUUCGCUACACAACUUUUGAAUAUCCCAACAACAUCAGUUUUGCUUGUAACCCUGGGUAAGGACUACAGGGGACUUCCACCAGCAAGUGUAUUUCAAAACCCCAGUUAUUCCCAUUGAGAUGACAGUGAUCUCUCUCUGCAGGUGUCACCUGCCCGCCACCACCAAUUCCAAAGUUUGCACUCCUUAAGGAUUAUCGGCCUUCAGCUGGGAACAACUCUUUGUAUCAGGACACUGUGGUCUUUAAGUGCUUGCCACACUUUGCCAUGAUUGGAAAUGACACAGUUAUGUGCGCAGAACAUGGGAACUGGACUCGGUUGCCAGAAUGCCUGGAAGUAAAAUGUCCCUUCCCUCCGAGGCCAGAAAAUGGGUAUGUGAAUUAUCCCGCAAAACCGGUGCUUUUAUAUAAGGAUAGAGCCACAUUUGGUUGCCAUGAGACAUACAAACUGGACGGCCCAGAAGAAGUGGAGUGUACCAAGUCGGGAACUUGGUCCUCCCUGCCGACCUGUAAAGCGUCUUGCAAACUCUCCGUUAAGAAGGCCACCGUACUGUACCAAGGGAUGAGGGUGAAGAUCCAGGAACAGUUUAAGAAUGGGGUGAUGCAUGGUGACACGAUUCACUUCUACUGCAAAAACAAAGAGAAGAAGUGCAGCUACACUGUGGAGGCUCAUUGCAAAGAUGGCACUAUGGAGAUCCCCGCGUGCUUCAAGGAGUAUAGUUCUCUGGCUUUCUGGAAAACGGACGCAUCAGAACUGACACCGUGCUGAAGUUGUUCCCAGAAUCAAAAUUGAAUGUUGUAUUUGUAUUUCUGCUUGUCUUAGGAAUCCAACCGAAAUAGCAGAAUAAAGUUACUGGAUUGCCUCAGUUA